AGGCGUAGUGUUAAAACGGCUUGCCACAAGCGGGCACUGCACUGACAUGGUCAGCAUGAGCGUUUCCUCAUUUCUGUACUAGCGCGUCCGCAGCCAGAGGAGCUCCGGAGGAAAUACUGUUAACAGACACGACGCGGCUUCAUGACGGAUCUAUGCCAGGUGUGGACCUAAUGCUUACCCCAGUAUGAGCACUAUACAGUAGCCCAUAACUUUCUUUUGAACAUUGACGGACAGAGGACACUGAAGAGACAGAGAGAGAGAAAGCAGCAUGGCUGUCUUCAAGCUGGAUAAUGUUGAAGAUCUUUAUGAGAUUGGAAGUGUUUUGGGAAGUGGUCACUUUGGGCAGGUGUGUGAGGUGCGGGAACGGGCCACUGGUGUUCUGUGGGCGGGGAAAUUCCUGAAGCUGAAGAAAAGUGCAGGAAGCAGGUUGGGCCUGGAGAGGAAGAAUGUAGAGAAAGAGGUGGAGGUCCUACAGGGCCUUCAGCAUCAAAACAUCAUGGCUCUCAAAGAUGUUUUCGAGAGCAGGGCAGAGGUGGUCCUCAUCAUUGAGCUCAUAAAGGGUGGAGAGCUCUUUGAUUUCAUCGCUGAGAAAGAGAACCUCACAGAGACGGAAGCCAUUGAGUUCAUGAAGCAGAUUCUGAAAGGUGUCAGCUACAUGCACCAAAAAAACGUUGCCCAUUUUGACCUGAAGCCGGAAAAUAUAAUGUUGUCUGACAAACACGCUCCCAAUCCAGACAUCAAGAUCAUUGAUUUCGGCAUGGCUUAUCGCUUUAUUCAAGGAGAAGAGUAUAAGAGUUCAGGUGGAACCCCUCAGUAUAUUGCCCCUGAGAUUAUCAACUACGAGCCUCUCGGUACAGCAGCAGAUAUGUGGAGCAUCGGUGUCAUUACCUACAUUCUUUUGAGCGGCCUGUCACCGUUCCAAGGUGAGACAGAUGAAGAGACGCUGAGGAACAUUGUGGCAAUGAAGUACGAGUUUGAGCCUCACCACUUCAGCCAAACCAGCAACAUGGCCAAAGACUUCAUCCAGAAACUGCUCGUUAAAGACCAGAGGUAACAAGAAUCGAUGACAGCAGAAGAGUGUCUCAUUCACCCCUGGAUUAAGCCUCUCAAUAGAACUCAAAUAGCCAAGAGGAACCGCUCCUCCAUCAACAUGAAGAACUUUAAGAAGUUCAAUGCGAGGAGGAAAUGGAAGAUGUCCUUUAACAUGGUUUCAGCAUGUAAUCGGUUUUCUCGACUGCAAUUACUGUGUAAGGCCCGUGGUCCGGAGCAACAAGAACUGAGAGACUGUGAGAGCGAUCAGGAGGACACAAGCACAAAACCUGCCUCUCUCUUACGCAGACGUCUUAGUAGCAGUUCAUAAAUCUCAAGCAUCUCCCUAUAACGAGGCGGCAGUGCUCAUUCGACCUAUAGUACUUUGUACUGCCAACAGGAGGAGACACAGGCUGCAAUCAACAGGAUCUCCUCACCCAUCCAAAGACCUUGAACCUCAGUGCAUGCAAUUACCCAACCACCAGCUGCAUAUCCAGUUACAGUGGAUGACUACAUCUGAAAGAAAGAUGGGGCCAUGAGAUCAUUGUGGUUUUCUAUGGUAAUAUGCAAGCAUGUUCAUAGAGUUCUACCUCUGACAGACUGAGUGUGAUGCUUCUACUUGAAGUGCUGUUGACAGGAGGGUCAGGUGUCUUGAAGGAUGUACCUACAAUAUUAAGUUUUCCUUAAGCUAAGAGGGUUUUUAUUUUUUCAGAUUUAUUUCAGUGGGAUAUUUACAUGCUAUAUACACUACUGUUCAAACGUUUGGGGAUGUGUUUCUUUCAAAGAAAGGAAUGCUUUUUAUAAAGCAAGGAUGCAUUAAAAUAA